AUGUUUUUGAAAAGAAUUCUUUUAUUGCUAGCCUUUUACUUAUUGAAGAAUGUUGCUGCUUUUGAUGCUUCCUCCAAUUCCAACGUUGCGGUUUAUUGGGGUCAAAAUUCCGGUGGUGGCCAAAAAAGCUUAAGCACUUACUGUGCAUCUGAUGCUGUGGAUAUUGUCUUGUUAUCUUUCCUUUACUCGUUCCCUGGCGAUUUAGCCAUCGACUUUUCCAAUGCUUGUUCAGAUAGCUUCUCAGAUGGUUUAAGUCAUUGCACCCAAAUUGGUAAAGAUAUUAAAACAUGUCAAGAUAAUGGAAAAAUUGUCUUGCUCUCAUUAGGUGGUGCUAUCGGUAACUAUGGUUUUGAUUCUGAUUCUGAAGGUCAAGAUUUUGCUAAAACUUUGUGGAACAAAUUCGGAGGUGGUUCUGAUGAUGAAAGACCAUUUGAUGAUGCAAUUGUUGAUGGAUUCGAUUUUGAUUUAGAAAACAAACAGCAGACCGGAGUUUCGGCUCUCGGUAAGGAAUUAAGAAGUUAUUUUGCUAAGGAUUCAUCAAAAUCCUACUACUUGUCUGCUGCUCCUCAAUGUCCCUAUCCGGAUGAAUCAGUUGGUGAUUUAUUGAGUGAGGUUGAUGUUGAUUUUGCUUUUAUUCAAUUUUACAACAAUUAUUGUAAAUUGGGUUCAAGUUUUAAUUGGGAUACGUGGCAAGAUUAUGCAACUAAUACAUCACCAAACAAGGAUAUUAGAUUAUUCCUUGGGUUACCAGGAGAUUCUAAUUCAGCUGGAUCUGGAUAUAGCUCUGCGUCUGAUGUCGAAUCGUAUCUUUCUGAUAUUAAAUCGAAUAAGAACUUUGGCGGUAUUUCAUUGUGGGAUGCUGCUUCAUCUUGGAGAAAUACCAAUAAUGGUAAGAAUUUUGCUCAGCAAAUGAAGAGUCUCUUAGGCUCCUCCAAGUCUGACGGUACAACUACUUCUUCAUCAGAGACGGCAUCUACUGGAUCUACUUCUAAAUCUGCUUCAACAGAGGCUACCUCCAUUAAAGCUACUUCGACCACUUCUACUGGUGUUGGUUCUACUGCUGAUAUCAAAGCAGCACCUACCAGUACGAAUGAUGGUAACGUUUUAACCACAUACACGAGACCUUCUACAUUCAAGACUAUUACAACCACAGGUACCGUUAGCUACAUAGUUACUUUGAGUCAAUCUCCUACCUUCGAAGAUGGAUUAUACGCAGGUAAUGAUUAUCACAAUUCAGCUCCUCCAGAUGGUCAGUACGAUAAUUCUAAAUUUAACAAUGGUCAAUGGAACGGAAAUUGA